AUGGAUGAUGCUAUUUUGAAACAUGGACCAGUGGAAGAGCUGAACUCCAUGUCCAAAUUCCAAAAGAGAAGACAAGAAUUCCAUGUCCAUGACACUACACAAAAUGAGAUUCAAAUAUUAAUAAGGGGCUUCUUCCCCGGCGCUGCCUGCGAAGAGGCUGCCAUCUCUUUAGUGGCAUCAUGGCAUCACCUCUGCCCUCUGGUGAAACCCAAGAUUGUCAAAAAGAGGACCAAGUUCAACUGGCACCAGUCAGAAUGAUAGGUCAAAAUUAAGCGAAACUGGUGGAAACCCAGAGGUAUUGCCAACAGGGUGCGGAGAAGAUUCAAGGGCCAGAUUCUAAUGUCUAGCAUUGGUUACGGGAGCGACAAGAAAACCGAAAAAACCAAGCACAUGCUGCCUAGCGGCUUCCGGAAGUUUCUGGUCCACAAUGUCAAGGAGCCGGAAGUGGGGCUGAUGUGCAACAAAUCUUACUGUGCUGAGAAUGCUCACAACGUUUCCUUCAAGAACCAAAAAGCCAUCAUGGAAAGAGCAGCACAGCUGGCCGUCAGAGUCACCAAGCCCAACGCCAGGCUUCGCAGUGAAGAAAAUGAGUAGAGUGUGUGUGUGUGCGCGCGUGUUUUAUUUGUGUUUAAACAAAACCACAACUGCCUUCUUGGUUUAAAAAAAAUUGAUAAGAAAAAACAGAAACGUGAAAAAACAACAUUUAUACUAUUUUGUGUAUAUGUAUGAUGUUUAUAUGUUUCCUUAUUUAUAUAUAAAAUACUUGCACUAAAACACAAAAGAAACAAAGAACAUCCGUUACGCCCAGAGAAGGAACUAAAGAGUUGGAGCUGGGGUUAGGUGUGUAGUAACACAGAAACAUUUCAAUACGUAAC